AUGGCUAAUUUGAAACCAAAUCAAAUGGUUUACGCAUACCACGGUCCUCUCAUAUACGAGGCCAAAAUAUUAAAGAUGAAAAAUGCCAAAGAUUCAUUCAUAUUGAACGCAGACCUACAACAAGAACCAUUACUGCAAAACCACAAGUUCAAUGCGCAAAAAUGGGAAAAUGUCACUUGCUACUAUUUGCAUUACCAAGGCUGGAAUCUGAAAUGGGAUGAAUGGGUAGGCAUCGACAGAAUUUUGGAGAUCAAUGAAGAAAACAAGUUCAAGAAGCAGGAGUUGGAACAGUUGACCAAAAGGAAACGAGUGAAACGAGAACCAUCCGUCGGCGCAACCGAUUUAGCCAGCAGGAAUGGUCCUCACGGGAAUAAAAAGGCCAAAGCCAACGGUACGUCCGCUUCUUCCUCCAAUAACUCAGCACCCCAAUCCUCAAAAUCCUCCACGAAAAAACAGCCAGUAGUGGUUAAUCUCACAUUCCCACCGGAAUUGAAGUACUUGUUGGUCAAUGACUGGCAAUACAUCACAAAGGACAAGAAACUCGUGGAUCUACCCACUCAACACAAUGUCGCAGACAUCCUCCACGACUACAAGAUAUGGCGGUCGCAAAAACUUCAAGCGCACCAAAUAUCAAUCUUGACCGAGAUCCUACAAGGUCUCGAAGUCUACUUUGACAAAUCAUUGAGUUUCUUGCUUUUGUACAAGUAUGAAAACUUGCAGUACUUGGACUUGUUGAAAAACAACACCAUUACCCAGGACCAUACCCAGGCUCAUGUGUAUGGUGUCGAGCAUCUCCUACGGUUAUUGGUGUCGUUGCCGGGGUUGAUUAGUCAGACGACGAUGGAUGCAUUGAGUAUAAAUGUGUUGGUGCUGGAGGUGGAGGAGUUGUUGAAAUAUUUGAAGGAUAGGAUUAGUGAUUAUCAAAAUGAGUAUGUGUACAUGAGCCCACAGUAUGAUAGCUUGGCUAGAGUUUAA